UAAAAUUUCAUCAUAAUAAUCACUCUUAAACACUUUCUCUCCCAUAACCAACGACCCCAAAUAAUGGCGCGAGGCUCUUCUUCCCAAUCCACCUCCUCCUCCACCACUCGCCCAGGGACCGCCGCACCCCGUGGCUCUGCCGCCGCUACGGCUGGUAUGCGCCGACGCAGGCUCGGUGCUUCUUCCUCUGCGGGUGGUGGUGGUGGUAACGCUGUAGUAGGCUCCGGAAACGCUAGCAACAUGCUCCGUUUCUAUACCGAUGAUUCUCCAGGUCUGAAGAUCAGCCCGACUGUCGUCCUUGUGAUGAGCCUAUGCUUCAUCGGAUUCGUUACUACUCUCCAUGUCCUAGGCAAAUUCUACCGGUACCGAUCUGGCUCUGGCUCCGGAGCCUGAUUAUUCGAUUUCGGAUCAUGGUGAUUUUGAAACCCACAUCAUACAGGAAAAAUUUAGUUUGUUUUAAUUUCAGUUUUCGUUUCACGAUCGUUUGCUGGUUUUGUUUCCGUUUUAGUUUUAGAUGGCUGAAUUUGACUCAGGAAGAUGAUAAAAGAAGCUUGGGAGUUUUGUGCUUUUUGUUUGUUCUAAUCAGUAAUGCAUAGUUUUUGUUCAGAAAAGGAAUAUUAAUUCGGAAAUUCGAUCCAUUUUAGCUAGUAUAUUUAUUCGUU